CCGGGGGGCAGAGAGGUACAGAUACCGGUACUCCCUGGAUCUCUCUUGAGGAGUUUUCCGACGAGAAUGCCGCGGGGGACCGCGCCAUGGCGACGAGGGAAGGGUGGCGGCAUGGGCACCUCUUCCUCCUCGGAAGUCGGGAGUCGAAACAAAGAGAGAGGCCCAGUUUCGCCACCAAGUCCCGGCACAGCGCGGAGAAGUGCUCGGUGUGAAAGCAAGAGGCCACUGGGGAAAGCCCAGGGCGCCACACUGGGACGAAAGCCCCCGAAGGCCCAGGCCGCCGAGCCACUGCCCGAGGUCUGGCUUUCUACUUGCGGUUCGGUGCGCCGCGGCGGAGGCCGAGAGAGGGAAGGAGAGAGGGAGGGAGAGGAGGAGGAGGAGGAGCCGACCGCAAAGGGGGGCAAAUCAGUAACUCUUACGCGCGAGGAGGCGGCAGCCGCGGAUGGAGCCGUUGUUCCAAUGCGAGGGGGACUGAGGAACAACAACUAAAGAAAAAUAAGCGUUGGAGGUCCGAAGAUCCGCGCUGGACCCCCUCUCGGGGGCGCCAAGUAAGGGCGGCGCAGGAGGCGCCGUCAGGGGGGCUCCAGCGCCGAUCACAAGAAUCUGCGCGAGGCUUCGAAAAUGUAUGCUUAUGCCGUUUUUGCAAGUCGAGAGGAGGAGAGGGGGGCGUCCCCC